GUUCCUCUCCUCCUCUUUUUGUGAAGAACAAAGUCGGUUGGUUUUUUGGUUGGUCUUUUUAGUUGGCUUGAUUUUUUGGCUUCGACCAUGAAACUCGAUCCCAAUCUGAAUUCUCAUUUCAUCUCAACAUAGUCUUCACUCGAACACUUUAAUAGUAUUCCCAGCCAUAACAUAACAUAACCGUUGUCGUUAAAACGGAAAUAAGUUGUUGCUUUUGUUAUAAGAGAAAGGUCAAGAGUAUAAUAAUCUGCUGGCUACGCGUCGUAAACCGGUCAAAUUUUCGGUAAUAUAUGUCAGCCAGGUUGGAAUAGUAAAUAAGGAAAUAAAUAUGUUAAUUUGUUGAUCAAGAAGUACAUAUAUUUCGGGUUAUCAAGUCAGUUUUUGUGAUCGUGGUGAAAGUUGUGAUUUCUUCUUGCGUUGAGUGAAAGUACUUUAUAUUAAAAAUGGGCGGAAAUAGUGAAAGUGGUGAGCCCUUCGAGUUUAAAAGGGAAAUGGUCGAUGUCACAAUCCCGGUGGGAAGUUCGACAAAGUUCCUGGUGGAAAUUAGGGGUUGUUUAGAUCCGAAUGUAUUCUGGUUUCAAAAUGAAGAACCCAUCACUAAUUCUGACCGUCACGUCCUGCUCCGAGACAAGAGCAUCUUUUGCGUCCAAAUCCACCAAGUUAAACCGUGCGAUGAAGGGAACUGGGUUUGUAGGGCGGCGUCGAAUGAUACGAACAAUGGACCCCAGAAAGAAAUCUGUUGUAAUGCCCUUCUCACAUUACAAAUUCCACAAAUUUACCAAGCGCCCAGAUUCAUCACUGGACUUCGUGGGUGUCUUUGGGACAAUGGGACCCUUUCUCUCGAGUGUGAGGUUACAGGCGUACCGACGCCAAUUCUUCGCUGGUAUCGUGACGGGAAACCGCUAGACGCUGGAUCCGCCCUCACAAUCCGGGCAUAUUCCAAAGAAUCCAAAAGUCUCAUUGGUCUCUUUGCAUGUGAAGCAGAAAAUUGUAUGGGCUCGAAAGCAACUUUCUCCCGAGUGUAUGCUCGUAACUUUGCCAAUUACCUGAAGCAGAUUGGCUACCUGGGCGGCAGGAUGACAAGGCCACUUCCCGGAAGCAAUAACAGUAAACCUAUAAAAAGCAAUGGUAGUGAUAAUGUCAACAAAACUGCUGGAAGCGUCAUUACCCGAUCUGCCCCCACAGCCAAUACAGCUUCUACUCUGCUAAGCAGUGAUAAUAACAGUAAACAGAGAGAAUUUCGAGACAAUAAUAAUGAAAAUAAUAAGAGUGAGGAGGACAGUGGAAUUAUCGUGGAUGGUGGCACGCACCACAUUUAAGUAGAUUUAUAGAUAUUGUCAAAUUGAUAAUAAUAAGAUAAGAUAUUUACGUAUGUCUUGUUUUAUGCUCAAUAAGAGAUGUGUGACUUGUGUGUUUUAGGACGUUAGGUUAAGAUUUACGGAAUUAAAUAUAACUAUAUACAAUAAAUGAUGAGUAUAUUUUCCAAAAAAUAGUA